AAAGGCAUACUUAAAACACACACACAAGACUGAGAGUCUGGGCCUCUGCUGGCAGUGGGCCUGGUACAUUAGUACCCCCUGUAUCUACCUCUCAGUGGUCCUGCUUGGCAUAAAAUGAAAAAUUCCCCAGAUAACUUAAAUAGCAGCCCUGCUCUCCCUGUAUAGCCUUUGAGUGCAUAUGGUCACUUGGCUGAAAUGAGAUGUUCUUCCACACAUCCCGUAGGUGAUUCUAGCAGCUUUUAAGUCAUCCAGCACUCAGUACAGAGGCUACUCAUGCUCUGCAAGAGAUUACGCUACACACAUACUCUUGAGAUCAGCACAGCUAUCAGUUCCUUCCAUGGGAAGUUAAAAAGGCUCCCAUUCCAGGUUACACCCAGGUAAGCUGGGGAAGGGUAAGAGCUCCUUAAGCUGUAAAUCUGAUCACGUAAUAAUGACUAGGACUGGCAUUAUACACAACCCUACAUCACUUUGCAGCACUGGGCAUGAGGCUGUAAGUCUGAUAAAUAUUUUGGAAAGUUGUUUGUUCGCUAUAUAUUUGGAUACUGCUGAAGAUAUCGUAACCUAAUUUUACAUUAUGGUUCCUGAGAUACAGUUGGAUACAGUUUGGAUACAGUUGGAUACCAUUUUGAUACAGUUGGGUACAGUUGGAUACCAUUUUAAAUUAAGAUGGUGGAUGGAAACUUUCAAAACUGCCCUGGUUAUUUGGUUUCUUAGAAAUCCCGAGCAAUACUGGGUACAAGGCUCCUAGCAUAUGUUAUAAUAGUGUAUAAUAUAUUGCCUGACAAGGCUCUUUGCAUUAGACAAAAAUGCACACUAAGGUUCUCAGGGUGCUAAAUUCUGCAUCCAGUAUUAAAUGUCUAGUUCCGUGUGGCAACUGGGAGGAUCCUCAGGGCAAAAUGACAUAGUUGUGCAUAUGGUUAGGCUUUCAAAACCAAAUUGCGACCCUUUUAUGCUGGGCAUGCUUUGACAGAAGCACCGCAGCCGCUAACAAGCUACUAUUGGGCAGGUGCCUGCAACAUUUGGCAAAGGGUGCAGAGCAGCAAUUAUACUAUUCCCUCUGUGCUCUGUGGAGGAGUGCUAUCAAUCCAUACAUAAUUCAAACUCGCUUUCCUUUGCCCCACUAUCAUUUGUCUCGAACAAUGCGAACUGCAGUAAAUCUCAACAGAUUUCCUUGGUGGUUGUAUUUGGAAUCAGGGCUGAUGUAAUAUGCACUUGAAGAAAUAUCAAAACAAUGUGCCAAGGAAACCCAAAUUUUGCAUCCAGAGAACAACAUCUCUAGGAAACUGUAGUCAUUUUUUCUUUUCUUUUUUUGACGGUGUGUGCAAUUAUUUCCCAAACUUCCACAAUUCUUUGCCUUUUUGUUUCCUGACUGAUAGUUGCUUUGAUACCAUUUUUAAUUGGUCUAUAUCUUAGGAACUUUAUUCCUAGCCAAUCCGAAAUCCCAUAGUGAACAUGAUGCCAUGGUUAGCUUUUAAUCCACGACAAAGUCAGUCAAGAAUGAGGGCGAUCUUCUUCGAUCAGUAUACAGUAAUCCUGGGAUUCAGAAGUAUACCGCCUCUAAAGAGGGAAAUCCCAUUGAGAGCUCUUGAUAGAACUACAAUGACUUUGUUUAGCCACUUUUUAAAGCUAUCUAAGUCACUGGGUAUCACUUUUGGCAGUGUGUUCAAUGGGACUUAUUUGCACCCAAGUGUGCACAGUGGUUGCACCCUUAAUUAUCCGUUGUGUGGAGAAGUACCUCAUUUUAUCUGUUCUGAAUCUGUGCAGUUGAGGCUGCAUCAUAUGCAACUGAGUCAUUGUCUUUUACUGAGAUCAAUGGGGAUCUUCCAAGAAUACCUCUGGGGUAUGAAAGUUAAUUUGUGUGGCCAUUUCUUUCUUUCUGACCGUUUUACACUUUACGGGAAUUGUCUAUAGUCUGGAUAAUAUUCGAGGCUUCCCCUUUCUGCAAUGAAAAGUUUCCUUUGUUUUAUUAAAUUGUAAGCGAAUGUGCACUUAACGAGAAACGAGUUGCCACAUUAGCAACACUAAACCACUUUUUAUGACUUUAAGAUUUCAGUUGGUGUCCUUAUCUAGUCACCUCCUACUUUGCUUCGCUGUUCAGAAAGUGUUUCCCAACCGUGUGGCCAAAUACAGAUAUAGCUCCACAGCGAGUUUUGCAACGAGGAGUAAGUUCUGCUUAUGAGAAGAAUGCAAAAAUGGCUGACUUGACAUUGCUGGGAGCUAACAACUUCCGCCGCUUCACUCCCGAAUCCUUGGUUGCCAUUGAGAAACGCAUUGCGGCCAAGAAAGCAUGCGGAGAACCACCUGCUUCAGAGAAGCCACGCCCUCAGCUUGACCUACAGGUAUUCCAGAAGCUGCCUGCCCUGUAUGGAAACCCUCCUCUGGAGCUUAUUGGAGAACCUCUUGAGGAUCUUGACCCCUUCUAUCAUGAUCAUAAGACAUUUAUGGUGUUGAACAAAGGGAAAGCCAUCUUCCGAUUUACAGCCACACGUGCUUUGUACAUCUUUAGCCCUUUUCAUCCAAUCAGACGAAUGGUAAUUAAGCUUUUGGUACAUUCAUUGUUCACUAUGUUUAUUAUGGUCACUAUUUUCACCAAUUGUGUCUUCAUGGCUCUUGCGGACGUGCAGUCAAAUAGCAGUGAGACUUCCUCCACGAAGUAUGUUGAGUAUACUUUCACGGCCAUUUAUUCCUUUGAAUGUCUAAUCAAGAUAUUGGCAAGAGGCUUUUGCUUGAAUGAAUUCACCUUCCUUCGAGACCCGUGGAACUGGCUGGAUUUCAGUGUUAUCGUGAUGGCACUUUUGGGAGAGUUUAUUGAUAUGGGCGGUGUUUCCGUCCUUCGGAUGUUCCGGGUGCUGAGAGCUUUAAAAACCGUUUCCAUUAUCCCAGGUCUGAAAGUCAUUGUAGGUGCCCUAAUCCAGUCUGUUAAGAAACUCGCAGAUGUUAUGAUCCUGACUGUUUUCUGCCUGAGUGUGUUUGCCCUCAUUGGUCUUCAACUCUUUAAAGGACAUUUGAGACACAAAUGUGUCAAGAACUACACGGAAUAUAUCAGCCAGAGCAUAUCCAAUGAAACAUCCUUUUCAUCUAAACAGAACUUGACUCCGUAUGAGAAUUUUACCAAUAGCCCAGUGAAUUACAUACAUAAGAAUGGCACUGAAGAUUAUUUAUUGUGCAGCAAUGCUUCAGAUGGUGGUUCCUGCCCGCCGAAAUACGUAUGUCUGAAGGUUGGAGAAAAUCCUGACUUUGGGUACACAAGCUUUGAUACGUUUGGCUGGGCCUUCCUUUCCCUGUUCCGCCUCAUGACGCAGGAUUACUGGGAACGCCUCUAUCAACAGACUCUCAGAGCAUCUGGGAAGAUCUAUAUGCUGUUUUUCAUGCUGGUCAUAUUUCUGGGAUCAUUCUACCUGGUCAACUUGAUCUUGGCCGUGGUCACGAUGGCCUACGAAGAACAGAGCACAGCCACUAUUGCUGAAACAGAAGCAAAAGAAAGGAAAUUUCGUGAAGCCAUGGAGAUGCUGAAGAAAGAGCAGGAGGAAUUAGCUGCAAAAGAAAACGACAGCAUGUCUCAUAGCUCAUUUGAAGUGUCACCUAUAGGUUCUAAAGAGGUCAAAGAACGAAGCAACAGAAUGAAAAAGUUGUCUUUGGGGAUGGAAGAUUAUGGGGAAGAUCCCAAAACCCCAAAAUCACAGUCUAGUGACAGCUAUCGGAAACCGUCUCUCAUUAGCCACAAUUAUGGUCCUAGUUCAAACCCAACCAGACGCCGACCAAGUCAUGGAAGUGUAUUCAAUUUCCAUGUAUCCGGCCGAGAUGCUGGCUCAAGGGCUGAGUUUGGGGAGGAUGAAUCUAGCAGCAUUGGGGAGACGGAGAUCCAGCACAGCACACUGCUGGCUGCACGAAUGGGAAGGCGUCCAAGCAUCCAAAGUCAAACCAGCUACAGUCCUCGCCUGACAGCUCCAAACUACAUGCAGCCCGGCAAAUGGGCCGCUGGAGACGAUUGCAAUGGGAUGGUUUCAUUGAUGGGGGGCAGUGGAACAAGGCCGUUUAACAUGGAUCCCAUUUCCAAUGAAGGGUCAUUACUUCCUCCAGUUAUGGAAAAUCCUGGGAAAGGAGAUCUGACUACUUCUUGUGAUGAAGCCAACAAGAGGUUCCAAACUCAGCGUCUCUCAGUAGAUUAUUAUAAUCACCCACUUCAAAGACAAAGGGCAGCAAGUGCAGUCAGCAUCAUUACCAGUGCGCUGGAAGAACUUGAAGAAUCUAAUCAGAAGUGCCCCCGCUUCUUGAAGAACUUGGCUGCAAAGUAUCUUGUGUGGAACUUUUGCCCACUGUGGUUGAAGAUAAAGAAGAAUGUGGGCGUUUUUGUUAUGGAUCCAUUUACGGACCUCACAAUCACAGUUUGCAUUGUGAUGAAUACUCUCUUUAUGGCGCUAGAACACUAUAAAAUGUCCCCUGAUUUCGAGGCCAUGCUUGGGAUAGGCAACAAGAUUUUCACCGGAAUUUUCACUGCAGAAGUGAUCCUGAAAAUCAUUGCGCUGGAUCCCUAUUAUUAUUUUCAGCAGCGCUCAAAUAUCUUUGACAGUGUGAUUGUCUUCAUAAGCAUCAUUGAACUGAGCAGUGAACCCAAAGAGAAUAAGGCAUCAGGGAAAAAAGGCAGCAGGAAAGGAAAUUUUACAGUUUUACGGACCUUGAGGCUGAUGCGAGUCUUCAAGUUGGCGAAGUCUUGGCCAACCUUAAACACCCUUAUUAAGAUAAUUUUAAACUCAGUGGAUGCUCUGGGCAACCUCACCCUCGUUCUGGCCAUUAUCGUCUUUAUCUUCGCUGUAUUUGGAAUGCAGCUAUUUGGGGGCAACUAUAAAACUCAUUGUAAGAAAUUGGCCGAUGACUGCAAACUACGAUGGCAUAUGCAAGAUUUUUUCCACUCCUUCCUUGUUAUUUUCCGAAUUUUGUGUGGAGAAUGGAUUGAAACCAUGUGGGGUUGCAUGGUGGUCAAUGAGCAAUCAAUGUGCUUGCUUGUCUUCUUGCUGGUCAUGGUGAUUGGAAAUUUAGUGGUGCUCAAUUUGUUCAUUGCCCUGCUGCUGAACUCGUUCAGCACUGACAACCUCCUCCAACUCCCGGAAGAUGACCGAGAAACGAACAACCUUAAAAUUGCCUUCGCUCGGAUCCACCGAGGGCUUCAUGCAGCAAAACAGGCAAUGUUGGCUUUUUGUUUCAAAGCUCUUGGGUACAAGCGGAAGGCAGCUAAGAAGAAAAUAAAAUGUGAAUCUGAGAAGAAUGGGCUGGAGCUUCGAAAAGACCUCCCGAACUUCAAGGAGAGUCAUGGUAACAGAGAGAUCGAGAAGAACGGGGAGAGGUGCUCCGUUCAUAUCCCGGAUGAUUUCAUCAGCAACCCCAAUGUGUUUGUCUGUGUUCCCAUUGCUGCCCCUGAGUCCGAUAGCGAGGGGUCUGAAGAUGCUGAUGAGAAGCAGGGGGCAGCCAUGGAGACAGAAUAUACUGAGAAGGAAAACCAGCUGCGAUUGAGAGGAGAGCGGAGCAAGAGUUCCGAUGCCUGGAGCCGAACAUCUGAAAUCUCCUCUCCUGGGGAAACAAGUAUGCAUUGGAAAGCUGGGUCCUCAUCACCAAAAGAAAAAGAGAGAGCUGACAUUAUUAGCUGCUCAGAAGGCAGCACUGUGGACCUAGCAAACUCAGAAGAAUUUCUGAAGCAGAUCCCUGAACUAGCUGAGGACUCGGAGCCAGAUAAUUGUUUUCCUGAAAAAUUUGCGCAGCGUUAUCCUUGGUGUAUGGUGAACACUGAAAAGUUUCCAGGCAGAUUAUGGUGGAACCUAAGAAAGACAUGCUACCGAAUUGUAGAGCACAACUGGUUUGAAAGCUUCAUUGUGUUCAUGAUUCUGCUGAGCAGUGGAGCUCUGGCAUUUGAAGAUAUACACUUGAGUGAGAGACCAAAUGUUAAAAUCAUGCUGGAUUAUGCCGACAAAUUGUUCACUUACAUCUUUAUCCUGGAGAUGCUGUUGAAGUGGGUGGCUUAUGGAUUCCACAAAUAUUUCACAAAUGUUUGGUGCUGGCUUGAUUUCAUAAUUGUAGAUGUCUCCUUAGUAACCCUCGUAGCAACUUUGGCUGGACAAUCUGACAUGGGUCCCAUAAAGUCUCUCAGAACCCUAAGAGCUUUGAGGCCAUUAAGAGCCCUGUCACGAUUUGAAGGGAUGAGGGUGGUGGUCAAUGCCUUGGUGGGCGCCAUCCCAUCUAUUAUGAACGUUCUUCUGGUCUGCCUCAUUUUCUGGCUCAUCUUCAGCAUUGUGGGAGUCAAUCUGUUUGCAGGAAAGUUUGGAAAAUGCGUUAACAUGACUGAUGAAGAUGGCAGCGUAAAUGAGACCAUAAUUACUAACUUCAGCGACUGUAAGGAGCACAACAGGACCGAUGGGAUAUUAUACUGGAUUACAGUUAAAGUGAAUUUUGAUAAUGUUGGCUCUGGCUACCUGGCUCUUCUCCAAGUGGCAACUUUCAAAGGUUGGAUGGAUAUAAUGUAUGCAGCAGCAGAUUCAACUGAUGUGGAAUACCAGCCCAAAUGGGAAGCUAACAAAUAUAUGUACAUCUAUUUUGUGGUUUUUAUCAUCUGUGGCUCCUUCUUCACUCUGAACCUUUUCGUUGGCGUCAUUAUUGAUAAUUUUAAUCAACAAAAGAAAAAGUUUGGUGGAGAAGACAUCUUCAUGACGGAGGAACAAAAAAAAUAUUAUAAUGCCAUGAAGAAACUGGGGUCCAAGAAACCUCAAAAACCCAUCCCACGGCCACUGAACACAUACCAAGGAUUCCUCUUCGACAUCGUAACUCGCCAAGCUUUCGAUGUUGCCAUCAUGGCCCUCAUCUGCCUUAAUAUGGUCACGAUGAUGGUGGAGUCAGACGACCAGUCCGAAGGGAAGACAUUUGUUCUUAACAAAAUAAACAUCCUCUUCAUCGUCGUCUUCACAAUAGAGUGUGUCAUGAAGCUGGUGGCUCUGAGAUACUACUACUUCACCAACGGAUGGAACAUUUUUGACCUGGUGGUCGUGAUCAUGUCAAUUGUUGGCAGCCUGCUUUCCGGCAUUGUGGUUUCAUUUUCGCCUACACUUUUCCGGGUGAUACGUCUGGUGCGAAUAGGGCGAAUACUCCGCCUGAUCCGAUCCGCCAGAGGGAUCAGGACUCUUCUCUUUGCCUUAAUGAUGUCCCUCCCUGCCUUGUUCAACAUCGGCCUCCUGCUUUUCCUAGUCAUGUUCAUUUAUGCCAUUUUUGGCAUGGCCAACUUUGCCUACGUCAAAAAGGAGGCUGGGAUUGAUGACAUGUUCAACUUUGAGACCUUUCCCAACAGCAUGCUCUGCCUCUUCGAAAUCACCACGUCUGCCGGCUGGGAUGGACUCCUCAACCCCAUAUUGAACACUGGGCCUCCAUUCUGUGACCCGAACCUCGGCAUGACGUCAACUUUCUCCAAGGGUGACUGUGGCAGCCCCGCAGUGGGAAUUCUGUUCUUUGUUACUUACAUAAUUAUAUCCUUUCUCAUAGUUGUAAAUAUGUACAUUGCAGUUAUUCUGGAGAACUUCAAUGUUGCCACAGAAGAGAGCACUGAACCUUUAGGUGACGAUGACUUCGAAAUGUUUUAUGAGGUGUGGGAGAAGUUUGACCCUAAAGCUACCCAGUUUAUUUCAUUCUCCGAACUUUCUAACUUCGCUCAUGCGCUGGCAGAGCCUUUGCGCAUACAGAAGCCAAACGUGCUUGAGCUGAUGGCCAUGGAUCUUCCCAUGGUAACUGGGGAUAGGAUCCACUGCUUGGACAUCCUCUUUGCUUUCACCAAAAGGGUUCUUGGAGACUCUGGAGAGAUGGACACCCUUAAGCAACAAAUGGAGGAGAAAUUCAUGGCAGCAAACCCGUCCAAGGCUUCUUACGAACCAAUCACCACCACACUCAGGUGGAAAUACGAGGAGGCGUCUGCCGCUGUUAUACAGAAGGCCUUCCGGAGUCAUUUGCUCCAGCGUUCCAUGAAGCAGGCUUCUUUCUUACAUCGACACAAAACCAGCGAUGGAGAUAUCCUUGACGAAGAUGCUCCGGAACAAGAAGGUCUCCUUGCGCAGCUAAUGAAUGAAAACUAUAUCACAGACACAGACAAGUCCCACACAACAUCCUUGGAAUCUAUUCCUCCAUCUUACCGCAGUGUUACUGGAGAACUCGAUGAUGCUUUUGAGGGGGAAGCGGCAGAGUCUCCUAAAAAUGACAAAGAUAGAGAAGGCCAGCUGUUUACAGACAAAGGCAAGAGGUCUAACGUGUAGAUGCUUGUCAAGCACACCUUUAAACAGACACAGUGCCA